AUGCCAAAACAGAGAGUCCCGAUCCGAAACGUUAGGCAAGCAGAUGAUGUUGGCCCAGGUCCUGUAGCGCUUCAAUUACAUCCCAUCCCGUCAAAGCGGUCACUUGUUGUCAAAGUCGUCCCUCCCCGAGCGCCAGCAGCCCAAAUCGAACAUGUUCCUUGCGACAUCGUCCUGGUUCUUGACGUGUCCACCAGCAUGGAGGAUGAUGCUCCUGUGCCGGGAGAAACGGAGAGAACGGGUCUCACGGUGUUGGAUUUGACCAAACAUGCCGCUCUGACCAUUAUCGAAACGUUAAACGAUAGUGAUCGACUGGGAAUAGUUAGCUUCGCCACAAAUUCCACCAUUGUGCAAACUCUCACACACAUGGACAUCAGCAACAAAGACGAGGCUCGGAGGAAAAUAAAGGCCCUUGAUCCUAAUGGGAGCACGAAUUUGUGGCACGGUAUUCGGGAUGGGAUCCAGAUAUUCGAACAGUCGGCAGAGAAUGGAAAUAUCCGUGCUAUGAUGGUGCUAACAGAUGGAAUGCCCAAUCACAUGUGUCCUCAACAGGGUUAUAUCCCUAAACUCAAGACACUACCACGCCUCCCUGCGGCGAUUCAUACCUUUGGGUUUGGAUAUGGCCUGAGAUCAGGUCUUUUGAAGUCUCUGGCUGAAUAUGGCCACGGUAAUUACGCAUUCAUCCCCGAUGCUGGCAUGAUAGGCACAGUGUUUGUCCACGCAGUUGCAAAUCUGCAGGCAACAUUCGCCACUGCAGCCGCAUUGACGUUGACGUAUCCCAAAUCCAUGGAAUUACAUGAAGUUGGUGCACAGACUGUGGUUAAGCAGCUACCGGAGGAGGUAGGGCCACAAAGCAGCAGGCAAAUGGCUUUGCAAAUCCCCUUGGGCAGCCUUCAAUUCGGCCAAUCUCGAGACGUAUUCCUCCGUAUCAGUGAAUCACCAGGCGAAAAUGGUACAGACGCAGCGAGUUGUCACUCCCUCGUCGUAUCUGCUACUCUCUCCUACAGGCCGGCAAAUAUCUACGGAUCGAACAUGGUUGGUGCACCUGUUACCAUCGCCUGUAGGGCCAGCGUCCUUGAGGCAUCAAUUAUGCCCGAUGCUGAAAUCGCCUACCACGAAUCGAGAGCUGAAAUAUGUAGCUUCUUAUCGUCAAUCUUUCCCCUUGGCCCUGACUUCGAACACCGGCCCAACUUGAGCAAACAUGAAACGUACAAGAAACAGCUGCGCAGUCUGGUUACCGAAAUUCCCGCUAAAGACUUUGCUGACGAGAAGAACAUGUCGCUGAUGCAAGACCUCAAUGGCCCAGAGCCUCAAGGUCAGAUCUCUCUGGCUAUCAACAACAUCAAAUUCCUCCAGAAAUGGGGCGUUCACUACCUACCAUCCUACUACAACGCCCACUCUCGGCAAAUAUGUAAUUCCUUUAAAGAUCCAGGACCGUUGCAAUACGGCGCUGACAGCCUUCUGUUCACCGAGUGUCGAGAUCGUCUAAACUCGGCCUUUGACGACCUGCCUCCUCCAGAACCUACUAGUGACAGAAGGUAUGGCGGCCACUCAGGCUCUUGGGGUCACAACGCCCCCGUCGAAAUGAGCCGAUAUAGAAACGCCUCUGGCGUAUGUUUCGCAGGCUCGACGCCAGUGGAACUCGGAUCCGGAAGAAUGGUUCACAUCCGACGACUGCGUCGGGGAAUGAAGGUUCGUACGCCAACGGGCACCCGUAAGGUGGCCAUGGUGUUGAAGACUGCGGUCCAAGAAGAGACUCUUUGCCAUGUCGGAAACCUCCUUGUUACGCCGUGGCAUCCGAUUUCCGCAAAUGGCAAAGCUUGGGGUUUCCCGGCAUUCCUUGCGGAUGGAACGGUUCGAUAUACGGGAUCAGUGUAUUCCGUCAUGCUCCAACGGGACAGAAAUUCACAGUCUCACGCUCUUCGGGUAGCUGGGAUUUGGGGUGUGACACUUGGCCAUGGUCUCACAGCAGGCAACGACACGCGCGCCCACUAUUUCUUCGGCGACUAUAACCGCGUGGGCAAGAGCCUUGCUCAGCUCGGCGUGGAUAAGCUUGGCGUCGUGGAAGGAAGGGGCGUUGAUCGUGAUGGCAGUGGAUUGGUUUGUGGAUUCAGGCGUGCUGAACAACCAAGAAGGCUGAGCAUCGAGCACGGUGGCAUAACGCCGAGGAGUAUGGUGACGCGUACGACGCAGUGCGUUGGCAUUGAUUCAGCUUGA